AUGGGUACUCCAUCCUCAUUACCCAUAAACCCUAACCCCAGCCCUAGUCCGCCACUACCUCAGUCCCCACCACCACAAACGCCGCCAUUACCCCAAUCACCACCACCUCAGUCACCGCCCCCGCCCCCAAGCCAAAUACCACCUCUCAUUCCGCCGACUCCCCUCUCGCCGCAAUCCGAGCCGCCAAAUGAAACACCAAUUACCGACACCCAUUCCCCAGAACCAACGCCUGACCCUGUUCCUACCCAAACAAAAACAAAAGGGAAAACAAAAAAAGCCGCAGGUAGACUCAAAGAAACCCCUGUCGGAAAAAGGAAACGAGUACCCUCUGUCCCUUUCGACUUAAACUCUCCACCUCGAUCCUCUGAACCGAUUAGCAAAAGGACCGAGUCCUCCUCGCAAACCCAAAGACCUGGUCCAAACACCGAGAACCAGUCUCCCUUACAUUCUCCAAAGACUGCGUCAUCUGCAGAUACUAUAGAGGAGGUAAUUUCUCCAUUACCACAGGCUUUUAGGAAUAUGGAUAUGAAAAAGGCCUAUGAGAAAUUGCUUUCUAAAACUAUUUUGGCAAACAAGGAGUUAGACAUAGGUGCUUUGAAUGCCAUUUUUGGUUUUCGAGAUUCGAGUUUCUGGGGAAUCAUACAUAGACAGCACCAUGUUGCUGCAUAUGGAUGUUUGUGA